GUGUGUUCAUUCGGGCGGGCACGAACAACAGCUGUCCGCAAUGAGUCAUCCGCCUCCAGUUUCCUGUAUUCCAAACACAGCGAAAAUGUCGAAGGCGAAGAAAGUUAUUGAAGAAGCGCGAGAAAUAAACAAUCCUGAGAUAGAUUUAGUGGACAAAGGAAUCUCUAACCUCGAUGAAGUACCUGGAUUGUUCAGCCUUGCCAAUAUAACCAGACUCUCAUUGAGUCAUAACAAAAUUCAGACAGUACCACCUGCUCUUGCUAAUUUGAUAAACCUGGAAAUUCUGAAUUUUGCCAACAACCACAUUGAGGAACUCCCAGUGAGCCUGUCAUCUUUACCUAAACUCAGGAUUCUGAAUGUCUCUUUGAAUAGACUGAAUGGGCUUCCAAGAGGAUUUGGAGCAUUUCCUGUGUUGGAAAUUUUGGACUUAACAUACAAUAAUCUCAAUGAGAAAAAUUUGCCAGGGAACUUCUUUAUGAUGGAGAGUCUAAGAGCUUUAUACUUGGGGGAUAAUGACUUUGAGUAUCUGCCACCGGACAUUGGGAAUUUGAAGAACCUGCAAAUUCUGUCAAUGCGUGAGAACGAUCUAAUCGAAGUCCCGCGUGAGUUGGGGCAGUUGUCUCGUCUCCGGGAGCUUCAUCUGCAGGCCAACAGGCUCGUGGUAUUGCCUCCUGAAAUUGGUACGCUAGAUUUGGCCAGCAACAAAUCGGUGUUGCGCCUAGAAGGCAACUUCUGGAUACCGCCGAUUGAAGAUCAGAUCUCCUUGGGGCCUUCCCACGUCCUGGAUUAUUUGCGAUCGGAGACUUACAGAGUGUUGUACAGUCGUCACAUGUCCGCGAAGCCCCCGCCGCCCGCGCAGACUCUGGACAAGAGCAAGAAAGCUAGUCGCGCGCGGUCAUAGACAACGGGAGAAUGUGCCAUAGACUACGGGAGUGUGUACUGCCAUAGACUAACAAGUAUUAAUAGGUUGGAGCAAAGUGUAGGAUUUCGAUUGAGUUCUAAGUGUUUUAUAUGGAACCGAGUAAUUUAUGUUUUUGGCUGAUGGAUUCAGUAAGAUAUUAACACUCUAAUAAGUACAACGUUAUUUGUAUGUAACGUCAAAAUAUGUCCGACUUGACUCAAUGAAAUAGAUACAUAUUUGUUAUCAUGAAUGGUACUUGUUACUUGUUUAUGAUUCUGAGGCAACAUUUUAAUCUUGAAACAAUAUAAACUCGGUUAUCUAAAAUGAUUCACUGUGUUACUAGAAGUUCAAUCCCACUCAUGUUUGUAAUAGAGAUCUUAAUAGAAAUAACAUUAGUUUUAUGUCGUAAUAAAUAAUAAUGCAUUUUUUAUUUGAAAAAUAUUUAAUGACAAACUUGUACGCUAUGUACAAAAAAAUACAAUUUAACAAGUGCACUUAUUUACAUUAUAUAAUUA